AUGGUCUCGUGUCCGAUUUGCGAGAAGCCGGUUUCCUCGCUCAAGAUUAAUGAUCACAUUGACUCUGGUUGUCAACGCUUUGUCGAGGAACAAUCUUCUCCGACCGAUCAACAAUCGUCUCAAAAAGGGCCUGUUCCUAGCAUGUUCCAGCCGUCUUCCGCUAGAAAAGUUCCAAGCCACUCCAGUCUGACCCAAGAAUCUCCUCCGCGCCCAAGCACGAUCGCUCGUCCGCUCAAUGGCAAAAGGUCUUUUGGGCAGGAUGUGCCCCUGUCUCAGCAACAUAACGGCGUGAAGUCAUCGAGCGAAGAAGCGGCGGAACCUCGGCCUAAGCGGCCCAAGAUCAACGCUUUCAAGAAUGCGGCUCCAUUAGCUGAGCGGAUGCGGCCAAAGACGUUGGAUGAAGUGUGUGGUCAGGAUCUCGUUGGCCCAAAUGGUGUUCUUCGUGGCCUAAUUGAACAGGACCGGGUUCCCAGCAUGAUUCUAUGGGGGAGCGCAGGCACGGGAAAGACAACCAUUGCGCGCGUGGUGGCAUCCAUGGUUGGCAGUCGCUUCGUCGAGAUCAACAGUACGAGCUCUGGUGUCGCUGAAUGCAAGAAAAUAUUUGGCGAGGCUCGGAGUGAGCUUGGACUCACUGGCAGAAAAACGAUCAUCUUUUGCGAUGAAAUCCAUCGAUUCUCCAAAUCGCAGCAGGAUGUUUUCCUCGGUCCUGUUGAAAGUGGUCAGGUCACGUUGAUUGGUGCAACCACCGAGAAUCCUUCGUUCAAGGUCCAAAACGCUCUGCUUUCUCGCUGCAGGACUUUCACACUCUCGAAACUCAGCGACCAAGAUAUAGUCUCCAUUCUGCAGCGAGCAUUGGAAAUCGAAGGCCCCAGUUAUGCGCCGUCAGAGCUCGUUGAUGCCGAAUUGAUUGCAUAUCUUGCCCGUUUCGCCGAUGGGGACGCGCGAACAGCAUUGAAUCUACUCGAACUUGCGAUGGACCUGUCCAAGCGGCCCAACGCCACCCAAAGUGAUAUCAAAUCAGCCUUGACCAAAACUUUGGUGUACGACCGUGCUGGUGAUCAACAUUAUGACACGAUAUCCGCCUUCCACAAGUCAAUCAGAGGCAGCGAUCCAGAUGCAGCGCUGUACUAUUUGUCCCGUAUGAUUCAAUCGGGAGAAGAUCCGCUCUAUAUCGCCCGGAGACUGAUUGUCGUUGCAUCCGAGGAUAUUGGGUUGGCCGACAAUACAAUGCUGACGCUUGCCAUCUCAACCCAUGCAGCCGUGGAGAAAAUUGGUCUUCCGGAGGCCCGCAUCAACUUGGCCCAUGCCACAGUUGCUAUGGCGCUCUCGAAGAAGAGCACCAGGGCCUACCGGGGUCUAAACAACGCCUUCGCAGCUCUCAACGAGCCAGGCAUUGCUGGACUACCCAUUCCAAUUCAUUUGCGGAACGCUCCGACAAAGCUAAUGAAAGAACUCGGAUAUGGCAAGGAAUACAAAUACAAUCCCAACUACGUCGACGGCCGUGUACAGCAAGACUAUCUGCCCGAGAAGCUUGCUGGGCGCAGGUUUUUGGAGGACUUGGAUCUUGGUACGAAACACGACUCAGACUUGCACUAG